AUUCUGUUUGCCUAUAUUUGUAGAAGAGAGCUUCUCCUGUUAAGCUUACAGUAAUGGGAGUCGAAAAUAUGAAGAAAAUUUUGAUUUUCUUGAUGAUGGUGAUCUGUUGUUGGGCUUCAAUGGCCAAUGCAGACAAUAUGCUAUACAAAGAUCCUAAACAACCAUUGGGUGUUAGGAUAAAUGACUUGAUGAAGAGAAUGACAUUGGAGGAAAAGAUUGGUCAAAUGACUCAAAUCGAACGAUCAGUUGCAUCCAAUGAGGUCAUGAUGAAGUAUCUGAUAGGGAGUGUCUUAAGUGGAGGAGGAAGUGUUCCAUCUAAGCAGGCGACUCCUGAGGCAUGGGUCGACAUGGUCAAUGAUUUUCAGAAGGGCUCGUUAUCAACCCGUCUAGGAAUCCCAAUGAUUUACGGAAUCGAUGCUGUCCAUGGUCAUAACAAUGUUUACAAAUCUACAAUCUUCCCUCAUAAUGUUGGUCUUGGAGUUACUAGGGAUGCUAUUCUAGUUAAAAAGAUUGGAGCUGCUACAGCACUUGAAGUUAGAGCCACUGGCAUACAGUAUGUUUUUGCACCUUGUAUUGCAGUCUGUAGAGAUCCCAGAUGGGGUCGUUGUUACGAAAGCUACAGUGAAGAUCCUGAAAUUGUUAGAUUAAUGACCGAAAUCAUACCAGGUUUACAAGGAGAUAUCCCUGAGGGCUCAAAAAAGGGUGAUCCCUUCGUCAAUGGAACACGAAAAGUUGCAUCCUGUGCUAAACACUAUUUGGGGGAUGGAGGAACUCACCUAGGCACAAACGAAGGCAACACAGUGGUAAACAGUAAAACAUUAUUCAGCAUACACAUGCCAGCAUACAAUGAUGCCAUUCUCAAGGGUGUAGCUACAAUUAUGACUUCCUACUCUAGCUGGAACGGGGUUAAAAUGCACGCUAAUCGUAACCUUGUUACCAAUUAUCUUAAAAACAAACUCAAAUUCAAAGGUUUCGUCAUAUCAGAUUGGCAAGGUAUCGACAGGAUCACCACUCCUCCACAUGCUAAUUACACAUAUUCCAUAUUAGCUGGAAUGAAUGCUGGCAUUGACAUGUUCAUGAUCCCAAUGAACUACACGGAGUUUAUUGAUGGUCUGACUUACUUGGUAAAAAAUAACUUCAUACCCAUGAGUCGAGUAGAUGAUGCAGUUCAGAGGAUUCUAAGAGUGAAGUUCACGAUGGGUCUGUUUGAAACACCGUUGGCUGAUUACAGCAUGGCCAAGUACCUGGGAUGUCAGGAACACAGAGACCUAGCAAGGGAAGCCGUGAGGAAAACGCUUGUGUUACUGAAAAACGGUAAAUCGUCAGUGCAUCCAUUGUUACCACUCCCUAAGAAAACAUCAAAGAUACUAGUUGCAGGAUCACAUGCUGACAAUAUUGGUUAUCAAUGUGGUGGGUGGACAAUUGAGUGGCAAGGACUUUCGGGAAACAUCACCGCUGGUACCACAAUCCUCUCUGCUGUCAAAAGUACCGUUGAUCCAAACACUAAAGUGGUAUACAACGAAAAUCCCGAUACGAGUUUUGUAAAGUCAAACUCGUUUGACUAUGCUAUAGUUGUGGUAGGAGAGUCUCCAUAUGCAGAGACUUUUGGAGACAAUUCAAAUCUGACAAUCUCCGAGUCGGCCCAAAGCACUAUUAAAAAUGUGUGUAGCUCUGUAAAAUGUGUGGUGGUCCUUAUAACUGGGCGUCCAGUGGUGGUACAGCCAUUUGUUGACACCAUAGAUGCGCUUGUAGCUGCUUGGCUGCCUGGAACUGAAGGGAAAGGUAUCACAGAUGUCCUAUUCGGUGACUAUGGUUUCACAGGAAAGCUAGCUCGUACUUGGUUUAAGUCUGUUGAUCAGCUACCCAUGAAUGUUGGGGACCCACAUUAUGACCCAUUAUACCCAUUUGGGUUUGGACUAACAACAGCACCCACUAAGGCUACAUAAAUGUAUGGUGUUGUCUUUCAUCAAACUUGAUAAUAUUGUCUGGUGCUUAGAUAUAGAAUUUUUGUUGUCCAUGGUAAGAAAUAUAUAUUACACAAAUAUCUCACCUUUUCGUGAGGUCUUCUUA